UUUUGCAAGUACUAGAGCCUCGUGUGAUCCCCAGACUUUCAUACUCCCGCACCCGACUCAAAGAGUACCUUUCACACCUCUCACCAAUUAAUCACGAAGCACAAUAACUGGAUACAGUAAUAUAGAGACGCCGUAAGGGCUCUAUCCACGAACGAUGGAGUCCUCCAGUAUCCUCGCCCAACCACCACCACCUUCAAUACCCGACCGACCACUCUCACCCGCAACUACUCACACGCCUCCCGAGCCCGCCAUGCAGAAUGGCACGAAAUACUCCGACAGUGAGAGCGAGCUGUCCGACCCUGCUGAGCCUGUCGCUGCCGUAGCCUCGCCGCCUCCGGUCGAGGUCGACGGCGAUGACGAAAACAUGCAAGAUGUCGAACAACCCAGCUCAGAUGAGCCAGAUGCUGAGGGCGAUGCUGACUUCGAGAUGGACACUGCGAUGCGCAUCAACAACAUAAAGUCCGAAGAAAACAACUCAUCCUCGGACGAAUCCAUCAGACCUGCAAAGAGAAAGGCACAUGCUGUGGAAGAGGAUGAUUACAUCCGUAAUAACCCAGAGAUGUACGGUCUGAGGCGGAGCGGACGGGCUCGGCUUGCCGCCAACAUGGCAGAGACUUCCGACGAACAGGACUCGGACUCAGACAUCGCUCCUCGACCCAGAAAACGUCUGCGACAGGUUUCUCAGCGCUCUUCCAAACAAGCAACCCCGAUAAUUGAAAGCUUCUCCGGCUCCGAUGGUGAUUCUGACGCGUAUGGCGGCAAACGAGCAAAGAUUACGAAAAAGCAACGCCGCAGGUUGCUGCAAUCGGCCGAGAGCCUCACACCUGCACAUGCCGAAAUCAGAUUUUCUACGCGUCGUGCAGCGAAAAUAUCGUCCUAUAAUGAGGAUGAGGAGGAUAAUUUCGAAGAGAAUGAUCCUGAUACACUAACACCAAAUUACUGGGUGGACGAGCAAGAGGACAACUCUCCCGCUAUUGAUGUCGUCCUAAAUCAUCGCUUAAGGGCUGACGUUACCACCUCGAGACCCUCCAAGGACGACUACGAAUUCCUCAUCAAGUGGCAACAGAGAGCCCACUACCAUGCGACAUGGGAGACUACUGAAUCCCUCCAAGGCGUGAGAAGCUUCCGGCGACUCGAAAAUUACAUCAAGGGCAAACUGAUGGAAGACAUCCGGAUGCGCAAUGACCCAGAUAUCGCCCCAGAGGACAGGGAGAAGUACAUUCUGGAUCGGGAGCAGUAUGCUGACAGUCAGGAAGAGCACAAGCAUGUGGAAAGAAUCAUCGGCGACCGGGAUGGUCCGGAUGGCACCGAGUAUUUCCUCAAAUGGAAAGGCCUCUACUAUGAUGCAGCAACUUGGGAGCCAUCAAGCCUGGCAAGCGAGAUAGCACAAAACGAGAUUGAUCGGUAUAUCAAUCGCCAACGAGAUGAUUUCAAGUCAAACACGACUGAAAGCAAUGCCUCGACCCGAAGACCUUUGGUCCCAAUGCGAGAACAGCCCUCCUACAUCCAGAAUGGUACUCUCAAGGAUUUCCAGUUACAAGGUCUGAACUUUCUUGCAUUCAACUGGUCUCGAGGGAAAAACGUCGUCCUUGCGGAUGAGAUGGGUUUGGGCAAAACAGUGCAAACUGUCGCCUUUCUGAGCUGGCUGAGACAUGAUCGUGGUCAACAAGGCCCAUUUCUCGUUGCCGUCCCUCUCUCGACGAUGCCUGCUUGGGCUGAGACAUUCGAUCACUGGGCUCCUGAUGUCAACUACGUUGUCUACAAUGGCAAUCAGGCCGCUCGGAAUAUCAUUCGAGAGUACGAGCUGAUUCCGGACGGCAACAUUCGCCAUCCACGCUUCCAUGUACUUCUCACCACCUAUGAAUAUGUCUUGCAUGAUGCCCCAUUCCUCAGUCAACUCAAAUGGCAAUUCAUGGCUGUCGACGAGGCACAUCGGCUUAAGAACCGAGAGUCACAGUUAUACGAUCGGCUCCGGGAAUUCAAGGCACCAGCUCGACUUCUGAUCACGGGCACACCGGUCCAAAACAACCUCGGCGAACUUUCAGCGUUGUUCGAUUUCUUGAGCCCUGGUGUCGUUAACAUCGAUGAACACAUGGAUCUGACCACUGAAGAAGCAAGCGCAAAGAUUGCUCAGCUGACCGAGGACAUCAAACCCUACAUGCUUCGACGUACGAAGAACAAGGUCGAGAAAGAUUUGCCGCCCAAGACUGAAAAGAUCAUCCGGGUUGAACUGUCAGAUAUCCAGCUUGAAUACUACAAGAAUAUACUCACGAAGAAUUAUGCAGCUCUCAACCAAGGCUCUAAGGGCCAGAAGCAGUCACUUCUCAACAUCAUGAUGGAACUGAAGAAGGCAAGCAAUCACCCUUUCAUGUUUCCAAGUGCCGAAGACCGCCUCGUACCUGAUGGUGCUCGACGAGAAGAGGUAUUACGUGCUCUUGUUACAAGUAGUGGGAAGAUGAUGUUGCUCGACCAGCUUCUUACCAAACUCAAGCGUGACGGCCAUCGUGUCUUGAUCUUCAGUCAAAUGGUCAAGAUGCUGGACAUUCUGGGAGAUUACAUGGAGUUUCGUGGCCACGCUUACCAACGGCUUGAUGGUACCAUUGGGGCAGCCCAGCGUCGGAUUGCUAUCGAUCACUUUAACGCUCCAGAAAGUUCCGAUUUCUGCUUCCUGCUGUCUACAAGAGCUGGUGGACUCGGUAUAAAUCUCAUGACUGCCGACACCGUUAUCAUCUUUGAUUCGGAUUGGAACCCACAGGCUGAUCUGCAAGCUAUGGCUCGCGCUCACAGAAUCGGCCAGGUAAGGCCUGUCAGUGUCUACCGCUUGGUGUCCAAGGAGACUGUAGAGGAGGAAAUCCUUGAGCGAGCCCGCAAUAAGUUGAUGCUGGAGUUCCUCACAAUUCAACGUGGGGUUACUGAUAAAGAGACUCAAGCUCGACGUAACGCGUUGGUUGGCGAACCUGGCAGCUCUAGUGAGAUUUCACGAAUCCUGAAGAAGCGUGGGCAGAAGAUGUUCGAACAGACCAACAACCAGAAGAAACUCGAAGAACUCGAUCUCGAUGCUGUACUCAACAGUGCCGAAGACUACAAGGUCGAACAACCAGAAAAUACUGAUGCAGAUGGCGGCGAGGACUUUCUUCGAAGCUUUGACUUUGUUGAUGUUAAGGUUGACGAAAUGUCCUGGGAUGACAUUAUUCCCAAAGAGCAUAUCGACCAGCUCAGAGCCGAAGAACAACGGAAGGCCGAUGAAAAGUACCUUGCUGACGUUAUCGAACAAAACAAACCUCGCGUGCGCAAUCAUCAAGCUGACGAUCGCGAAACGCGGAAAGCCCGCCGAUCAGAGCAGCGACAGAAAGAGAUCGAUUCAGACAGUGAGGAAGAGGAAAUUAAUCCCAAAGCUGACCCUGCUCGACCAUUGAGUGAGCGAGAAUAUCGGUAUCUUAUCAAGGGCCACCUCCGUUAUGGUUCGAUUGAAGACCGUCCGGACGAGUUCCUGGCCGAAGCCCGUCUUCGUGGCAGGGAUCUCGAUGUUGUAAGAGCUGCCAUGAAAGAAGUUUGGGACAAGUCAGCCGAGCUUUAUAAAGCUGAGCAAGAUCGCAUGGCAGAACUGGAGCGUACCGCCAAUCGGCCCAUCACCAAGAAAGACCGGAAAGCUGUUCUAUUUGAGCUCCAUGGAGUCAAACGGAUCAACGCAGAGACCAUACUUGACCGACCCGCCGAAAUGCGACUCAUCGCAGAAAUUACCUCGAAAGAACCAGACUUCAAAGCAUUCCGCAUACCCGAAGCCACCAAAGCCGCUGGAUAUACCUGUCCCUGGGGUGCGCGUGAGGAUGGUAUGCUUUGUAUUGGCAUCGCCAGACAUGGCUACGGUGCAUGGGAAAAGAUUCGCGAUGACCCUGAUCUGGGGUUGCAGGACAAAUUUUUCCUCGAAGAACAUCGAGUGGACAAGAAGGCAGAGCGUGAGAGGUUAGACGACAAAAACGCAAAGUCUCCUGGGGCUGUGCAUCUCGUCAGACGCGCGGACUACCUGAUUUCCGUGUUGAAGAGCAAGUACGUCGAUGACCCAGCGGCCAAAAGGGCUGUUGAGAAUCAUCAUCGCAACAAUAAGAAAAACAUGGCCGACAGAAGCAGUGCGGCCGACUCUCCGGCUCCUGGCUCCCAUCGAAAAACACCUCGCGAAUCGGAAAAGCCACGACAUCGUCCCAGUCAAGCACAUCGUGACAGUUCGGAGCGAUACGGUACCCCAAGAUCUGAUAGUCGUCAGGGUCAUAUUCGACACGAUAGGGACAGCAGGGAUGAUAGGGAUCGGAAACACCGCGACGACCACAGUCACGUUCCGCAUCACAACCGCCACUCCAGCGAUCAUCGACGCAGUGACAACCCUGCAGGCAAUGCCUCAUCUGACGUUGAUCCUCUUAUGGUGAUGUUAUUCAAACCUGUUAAGGAGAGUUUGAGGAAGAUCAAGGCAACUACCAAGAAUGCCAUACCAGAUUCGCAACAACGAGCCAACGAGUUGAGAGUCCUUCUGAAGAUAAUCGGCAACUUCAUUACCGAACAGGUCACCGAGCUGGAUGAUAAUCAUGAUUCUGUCGAGAAACGCUUUUGGGAUUAUGCUGCCACAUACUGGCCUAAUAAAGGAAUCAAAGGUCGAGAACUUCAGGCUAUACAUGGCAAGAUAGUCGCUUCGGACAACAAACUUGCUGGCGAAGGUUCUCCAGAUGACGAAGCCAACAAUGUCGACAGUCGAGCCAAUGGAUCGUACCAGACCUCGCCACCGCGGUGAGCUUGGAAAAGAAAAGUAUUCUUCGGGUUCAACCAUUUUAAGGGAAAUUGUGAGCAUGGCGUUUGAUGGAGGUCGGAUACUGUGUUGAAGCAGCAAUGUUUUCGUGGUGUGCGGAUGAGUGGGAUGAUGACACGAAUGGUGUUGGUCAUUGUUGUGCGGGUGCGUUACAGCACCAAGUAGCACACUUGGCAAAAAGUGAACUGUUGAUAUCGAGACGCAUUGCACAGGACGAACAGGUAGAAAGGUCACGAAAAUGGGGGUAACUUAUGUGUAUGUGGGCCAUGGAAAAGCGUGUGUAUCUUUCCAAGCUUGCCUUACGGGUCAAAUGAAGGGAUUAGUUUAGUUCCCUCUUACUAAAUGGUGGAAAUAUUUUCAAUCUAGGUUUAGAAUCCUCAGCAGUGACUGAUUGAUACAUG